GUGAGACUAUGCCCGUGAAUUAUCAUCUUUGCCCAAGAGUCCCAAGUUAUGGAUAUGCCACUCUCGGACCUCGCCAUGUGAGAAAGCCAGUUGGCCGACGCAUACAUCAAGAAUGGGUGUCCGAGUUUCUCCAUCGCUGCUCUUGCAUAAUUAUCCUGCUGUCUCUUGGCUGCCAAGUUCGCACGGUGGACAGCAUUUCCUUUGUCCAACAGACAGACAGCAAUAUUGUCACGUUUCCACUCUUUUCCUGGGGAGGUAAAAAUAAAAUGAAAACAGAAAAGAGGGCGAGAAAUUGUAACGAGCUCUACAUCGUUAUUGAUGCGCUUUCUUGUUGUUGCUCCUGUACCAAAGACGACUUGACGCAUCAACCAAGUCAUUCAGCCAAUGGUCGGCAUUCAAUUCUUUUAUUUAAGGGACUUGCCAUUAUCCACGUCAUUGCAAGUUUUAAGACCAUUACUUGAAAGUUUCUUUGUCACCAUAAAAGCACUGCUGGUUUAAAACCAGACCACUGUUUCUGUCAGUGACUGGUAGAAUUUUGCACGGCUGAAUGCAGACAUUUUCUUUCUAAAACGGAGAUUGCCCAACUCAUUGAGCAUGAUAAAAAAAGAAAAUCGGUGCGUAACACGCGUUCCAAGUCUGUCAGAAAAGUGUUUUCGUUCCAUCGAUAGGGAGCUGGAGGAGGAUA